GUAACAUCAGCAUUGUUUAAUGUUUGUAAUCUUAAGGCUUUAGUAAUUUGCGUUUUUAGAAUAACCUCCACUUGUUAUUUUAAAACGAAUAAAAUGAAAGAAUCUAAGCAAGGACAAACCCCAAUAGAAGAUUUACAAGAGCUUCGUAAUUAUUUCGCUUCGCACAAUGUAGUGCGAGAAUACAUUGCACAUACAUCUAAAGUACAUUCUGUUGGCUGGUCUUGCGAUGGUAGACGAUUAGCUUCAGGAUCCUUUGAUAAAACUGUUGUAAUUUUCAAUUUAGAGAGGAACAGAUUAGUACAAGAUUUCGUAUUUCGCGGACACACAGGUUCAGUAGAUCAAUUGUGCUGGCAUGCCUCUCAUCCUGAUCUGCUCAGCACAGCCAGUGGCGAUAAAUCAGUGAGGAUAUGGGACGCUCGAUCACAUAAAUGUGCAGCUGCAAUAUCAACUAAAGGAGAGAAUAUAAACAUAGCCUGGUCACCCAAUGGUUCAACAAUUGCUGUUGGCAAUAAGGAAGACCUUGUCUCCUUCAUAGAUGCACGUAAUUAUAAAGUAGUCACGGAAGAACAAUUUAACUUUGAAGUCAAUGAAAUUUCAUGGAAUAAUUCAUCAGAUCUCUUCUUCUUAACGAAUGGUUUGGGUUGCGUACACAUAUUAACGUAUCCAUCUUUAGAACUACAAACAGUACUAAAAGCUCAUCCAGGCACAUGUAUUUGUAUAGAACAUGAGCCCACUGGAAGAUAUUUUGCGACAGGUUCAGCCGAUGCUCUAGUGUCACUGUGGGAUGUCAAUGAAUUGGCAUGUUUAAGAGUGUUUUCAAGAUUAGAGUGGCCAGUCAGAACACUAUCCUUCAGUUUUGAUGGACGAUUGCUGGCUUCAGCCAGUGAGGACCACAUAAUUGAUAUUGGCGAUACUGAAAGCGGUGAAAAAGUAGCAGAAAUUCCUGUACAAGCGGCAACAUUUACUGUAGCAUGGCAUCCCUCUCGUUACUUAAUUGCUUAUGCAUGUGAAGAUAAGGAACCUUCGGAAAGAAAACGUGAUGCUGGUAAUCUUAAGUUAUGGGGGCUAAGUAAUAGCUAGCAAGAGUAAAAACAAUGACUGUUUGGUGAUAUCUGAAUACAUAGUCCACAGUUUUUAAAC